ACUAUCGCUAAUUGUUUCACAUUGAAAAUCUGAUAAGAAAUUGCACUUGAAAAUUAAACAUAAUCGUGACGUACGUAUUAACCAAUUGAUUAAUUUAAUAUCACAACAUAUUCAUUAUAAUGGGGAGCGUAAGUGAUGUGUAUUGUCUAUUACAACUGAUACUACCAGAAAUUUAUAUUUACAUACGUGAUAUUGUUCUUCGUGAGCUCCCAUGGUCUGGAAAAUCAAACGAGGAUGAAAUUGAUGAUUUGGAAUCCAAAGCACGUAGUAAUAAUUCUAAAAACAUAUCCCCAGAUUUAAUAGCUCUUCCUUGUAUCUGUGCUCUACUAUUUAUUAUCCUUAUUAUUUUUGGAAAAGUGUUUAAAAACGAUACCAGUCAUUAUCCUUCGAUUACGAAUGUUUCCAUACCUAAAGAUCAUCUGCCGAUGGUAUAUGCAAACUCCAGGAUAACAAAUUCUUUGCAUUCCUGUGGUGAUACACUUUUUUCUCAAGAAAUUCUCCAAUCCAAUAUUCCUCUUAAAUUACGACAAUCGAAGGAUUUAAAUUUGCCGGGUUCUUCGACCACGAAAGUACGCUCUGAACAUUCCCAGAAGUCUCAAGGUACGCAAACAAGCCCGCGAGUUUUACAUAAAUCUUUCGAACCUCAAGAAUGGAUCGUACGACGUACUAGAAGUGGACAAAUUUAUGGAAAAUAUCCUGUAUAGAU